CACAGUGAAGCAGAUGAUAUUAAGACAGUUCUAAAAUUCCCCCGAACAAAAAAAUCCUCUGAUAGUGCAUAGCACGACAGCUUGAUUGCAUUGAUGUAUCGUGACUGCUCAAGCUUAGGUUCCGAAAAUGAUUUCAAUCUUACAGAUUUAAAAGAAUAACAUAGCGCAUUCUAGCUUUCUAUAUACCUCUAUCGGUAUCUAUUUUGAGGGACCAUCAGUGUAGCUGGAAAUACUACUGUCCUGUUGCUGCAAGGGGCUGGUCGCUUAAUAGCUUGGCACACCUUGGCACACACAAUACAAACGAUCUCCGCUACAUCCUUGACCCCAACCACCACAACUGCUUCCAUUUCAAUUUCACUACAAAUUGAACAUCCUGCACAAUGUCUACAAGGCAUACAAGCUCUCGCCGCAAGGCACCAGAGAAAUCCUCUGGACCCAAAAAAGGCGACGGACUGUUGCCAAGUCCACCUACGGGUGGCACCCAAGACAACGGACUGUUGUCAAGACCACCUCCGGGUGGCACCGAUGACGGACUGUCGUCGGCAAGACCACCUACGGGUGGCAACGCAAUGGACGUUGAUCCGCCUACCGGCGAGGAUGGUCCAUCCCGGUCACGGGUGAUCCGGGACCUCUUGGAGGAUGACUCGUUCUUGAAAAAGAUCGAGUGGUCUGAAGAGAGUGCUCCCGCUCUCUCUGUCCAGGAGCGCGUGAAAAGAGGCCAAGAACAGGUCUCACAAUUUUCUGCCUCUGUUGAGGCAUGGAGGAAGCUGAGCGAUGCCGAAAAGGUAUGCGCUGAAUGUGGGCAAAGCCACCCGCCCCCCUGCCUCUCGGAAGAAGAGCGCAAUGAAAGGGCGGCAAUCCGCCAUCUCCUCGCCCGGUACCACCGGGUGAAGAUGAAAGAGGAAAGGGAGGAAAACCCUCUUGAAACUUCUUGCAAGCGGUGUGCUAAAAUGCAUCGCGGGCCUUGCAAGACUCCCCAAUGUGGGAGAUGCAAGCGUUACCACAAGGGUAACGAGAGUUGCGAGGCUGCUGAAAAGCGCUUCGUUGCUGCCGGUCUUGAGGAAAACCCUCAGGACGAAGAAAAUUACCAGAAGUUCAAAAACUUCUUUGGUGCCAUUGGUAGCGACACUGCUGCUGUGGCUGGCCGUCUCUUCGUGGAGACGUUUGAGGACAAAUCUGCCCUCAUGGCUGGCCGUCUCUUCAAGGAGACUUUUGAGGACAAAUCUGCCCUCAUGGCUGACCGUCUCUUCAAAGAGACGUUUGAGGGUGGGUCUACUGGUCCACCUUCAAAACGCAAGAACCUGCCUUCCGAUCAUGGAGGUCGAGGUGGCGGCGGUGGAUCGAACAAGCGAUCCAGAAACUAAAGGAGCAUACCUAUUGGAAAAAGCCUAAAGGAGAAAGCCUAUUGGAAGAAACCCAGGAGAAAACCUGGUUAAAAAACCAGCUUCGAGAAAAGCCCCACCUCCACGUGGUUCGAAGCGGGAACUUCGUUUGCUGAUCGCAUUCGAUGCUAAGAGGGCGAGAUAUUCCUUAGAAUUGUGCAAACAUCAUGUAGUGUUCAGUACCCUGUCCGCCUGAGCAUGAUUGAAAUAUCGAAGACAGUUGAAUUUCAGACAAGGGUCUAGUGGGAUGUUACCACGGCCAAACCCAAACCCAAACCCAACUUCACCGAAACCUGAGAGUAGUGUCAUAUUCACGUAAUGAGUUUCGCUUGUGUCUACAGACCUUCUCCAAGUACUACGUAUUCAGUGCAGUGCACAGUAGAGUUGACCGUGAUACCCAAGUCUCGCGAGUGAACCACUGCCUCGACCCGGCAAAAUUAUUUAGGUACGAAUUACCUCCAAAUUGUUAACGUGCUUGGCUGUUAGCUUAGAUAUAAAGAGAAUCACUCGACUUGGAAGUCUGGUCUGGUCAAGGGUUUAAACUUUUUAGCGCCGUAGAGGCUUGACACAAGUCUGCGGUCUUGAUCGUCAAGAAGGAUGUCGAGUGGAACAUUCUAGUUAUCUGCAAACCACGAGACUGAAGCGUAACUGAUCCAACUCUUCAAGGAGCAUCUGUCUCUAGUCAAGUUUCAAGAGGUAUUCAAGUAUUCAGCGUUCUUACAUGGCUGAUGAUGGGGGAAUCGUUUGAGGUUGUCCCACUCAGCCUUCGAAAUCUGCACAGGAACUAGGUUUUUAUUUUCUUUUGAUUGGAAAUUACAGUGUUUCCUAUACCUAAAAAGGCCGAUAAAAAAGGUUUGACAAGAAGUAGACGGGCACAAAAAGCACAGGAACUUAUCUUUCUGUGUUUGUCAGGCAAGUUUAAGGAAACACAGAUGCUCGUCUCUUUUCAAGUGGCAUGAUUCCCUUAAAUCUUCCGGGUCACCAGUAGAAUGGUAGGUAGCGUCCAGGCACGUAAGUCGACUGACAAUUUUCAAUGUGGACUUUGAAGCCGCGCCUAAGCUUCUCAACUGUGUCACUACUCCUUUCUCGUCCUGCACCCUUUUUGCUCGUUGUUUCCACAAUCUCUGUUCUCAAUGCCCAUAUCUGAGUGUCAGACAAGAGAGCUUGACUUGCCAUUUCAAUAACUUCUGCGCCUAAAGGCCACGCCUUCUACGCUUAACUGGAUCGAAAUCAGACCCGGAAUUCUCCUCCCGAUUGCGCUUGCCAAGCAAAAAGUCCAGUCUCUUCUCUUCCACGUUAUUCUCAGUGCGAUCUCAACAUCCCAUUGGGUUAAGGAUUGCUCAAAAUAUGUAAGAACCUACUUGAGAGUACCGCCCAGAUUCCGUCGCAGUCAGAUAAUCGUAUCCAAACAACGAGUCAAGUGCCACACAUUGUCUUUGGAGCGAAAGCUCCAAAGACGGGAAACUCCCUCCAGGAUUCAUUGAAUCUGAACUGUGACAGGCCCCGGGUGCAAUCCCGGCUAAGCCUGAAUAUUUCGAUGGGUUCCGAGUGCAUGUCGCCCUACUUGCUUCACAUGCCCAAGAAGAUAGCAUAUUGACAAGGUGCGAUCUCAGCAGUAGUUAAUAUUUACAAGAUUAUAAGUAAAACAUAUUGUAAGGAUGUUUUGUUUGUUCAGGAGCGUAUGAUGGUGUUGUGGAACGUUGCUAGCGCUUAUGCUUCCCCACCACUCCACCACUCCACAUCUCAAAAAAAAAAAGAACAGGCACCCAGUAAGAAAACAACAGUUGCAAAAAUUAAC